AUGGAGCACGACGAUUCGGGUGAUGAUGUUGGCCCACAUCGCCCCGCUCGACGACGCCACGAUCCAUCGGAUGAUGAGGAAGAGGAUUGUGAGGAGAUUCGCCUUCGAGUGAUCAUUUCACCGCAAGAAGAAGGGGUUCGCCUAUAUGCGACAAAUCAUCCACAUCGAAAGAAAGAGCUCUUCUCGCGGAAAUUUCAUUCGGCGUGCCGAUUCAAGCAGAAUGUCGGGUUGCUAGAGGUCCGUGUCGGCGUCGAUCAGCACUCCGGCUGCUUCGACAAGACAAAAUGCGCCCUCGAGGGCACGGUGGAAACGGGAAAAGGAAAGAAAAAGAGCAUGAUGCUCGCACCGGAAACGAUGUCACAAGAAGUGUUUGAGGGGAAAAUCUACAAGUCGAUGGGCCCUCUCAACUACGCAAUCUGCAAAAUUCAAAAUGGCAAUUGCUAUUUGACGCCGAUUGAUGGAUUACUUUCGCUCGGCCGUUCAAUGGAUCAUAUGAACGCGAAAAAGGUGGUGGAUAAGGAUUUUGAGGAUGAGAGCUCGGCGGCUGAUUCAGAUGCAGAUCAAGCCCAGCCGGUGAGGGUGAAGUUUGCAAGACCGGAAACGGAUCGACAAAAGAAGCGACGUGAGGCAUCGGCUUUCCAUCGCGAGAAACAAAUCCAACAGGACGUGUGGGUUCCGCUCGAGGUGCACAACGCACUGGAGGAUCAAUUGAGUCCAAAGAUGCGCAACUUGCUUGCCUUUCCCCAUGUACCUUUGCUGGAAAAUGGACAAGCGCAUGAGAUCAAACGGUUCGGGGAAAUGGUCUCGCAAACAAUUCUCCGAAAAUCCCUGGAAAAGAUCGAUUUGUCGAAGUGCAAAGAAACUGAGCUGGUGAUUCGACGCUUACGCGAAUCUUUGCCUUUCCGGUUGCAAGUGAAAGCAAUUCUGAUGAAAGCUUUUGUUGUCUCGCACCAAACUUUGAGGGAAAUUUUCAAGGAGUACACACAGGAGGAGAUUCUCGAGGUGACCAAAGAAUCGGCGAGCUUGAUUCAGGGAAAUUGGGUGUUAAACAGUGAAGAGUUAUUCACGUGGAAACCCACCGACAAUCCGACGAAACGAAAGGUUUACACACAACAAAGAAUGGAGAUUUGGCGACGAGUCAGGGAUUUUGCUUUGUACUUUUUGGAGAGUGGAGAGACGUUGACGAGAGGCGAUUUGGUGGACCUUUUCCAGCUGCAGUUGACCGAUUUGGAUCAAAUCGUAGCCACUUUCGGGGUCUUCGACACGGAAAAGCGAAUGAUUCGGCUGAAAUUGGCGGAAAGUCGAGAAAUCUACGAAGAGCCGGACGUUUUGCCGAUUCUCACCGAUCAGAAGCGACGCUUCAAUGAGCGAAUCGCGGAAAUUCUACGGACUUUGAAACAU